CAUUGCCGUCACGUCGCCGUCACUGCGCGCGCCGUGUGCCGACUUGCUCUUGUCACCGUUGCCGUCGUUGUCGUACAACCGUCGUCGUCGUCGUCUGGUCGCCGCGCGCGCUUUUUAUACCGCUCUUGGCGAAUGUUUACCUGUGGUUAUAAAAUACCCGAGUGAUAAUAAUAAUAAUAAUAAUAAUAAUAUUAUACCUGUGUGAUAAUAUUAAUAAUAAUAUUUGAAAAAAAUACAAAUAGAUAUUAUUAUUUUAACAGUAUAGUAUAAUAAUAUAAUAUAAUAAUAUACCUAACAAUAUCACACCGAUAUUAUUUUACGUUAUUAUUAUUAUUAUUUUUCGUCGUCGUUGUUGUUGUUGUUUUUGUUUUUGUCGUGUUCGUCGUCUGUAUAGUUGUUUUUGCGUUUCGUCGUCGGUUUAUUAUCUUUCGGAAUUUUAUCGAAAUUUUGACGGCCGAGUCGCGAAGUAGGUACCCGCGCAACACGCAAAAACAAACAAAAAAAAAUAACGAUUUCGCGCGCUCACAAACGGUUUCCGCGAUCGAGUGCCCCCCCAACGACAUUAUAUUAUAUUAUAUAAAAAAAAGUUAUUCGUGUCGAGUUAUUAUUUAAUUUUUCGAUUAGAUUUAAUUUCUUCUACGUAUUACGGUUUUUUUUUUUAUCCGUCGAUCGUGCCUAUAUAUGAAGCAUAGGUUUGACCGUACGGCGAAAGAAACCCUCUCGAAGACGACAAGUUUGUUCAUCGCACGAAAAACAUUAUUACGAACUUUUCGAAAAGCCGUUAGAUGUUUAAGCGUGCCGGUACAAUAUAAAAACCGCACUUACCUACCUUCACUGCAAGACAAUAUUAUUAAAGUCUGGGCCGUUCACGCCUCACCUACAGUGUCGUCAUUUUCACGUAUCGUUUUAUCAUAAUAAUAUAUGAUGGACGCCUCUCUACUGGCAUCAGCCACCACAACGGCCGCCGCGCACACGAUCGCCGCGGCCACGUCGACCACCGUGGUGGCCACGAUAGUCCGCAGUGGCCAGCGCAAUGGCACGCACCGUGGAGCAGUCAACGUGCACGGCCGACUCAUGUACGACGAGAUCGUCAUCAAUGACGUCUGGAUCAACGCCAUCCUGUCCACAUUGGCUCUGUCGUGCGCCGCGUGCGUCUGCCUGUGCUUCUUGUACUGCAAAAUCCAACAGUGGAAACAUGGAGUUCAGCGUAGGAGGAACGAGAAGAACUCGCGAAAGUAUGACGCCGACUCGCUGCCCAGCUACACGAUCGUCACUGGACUGCCCACGUACGACGAGGCAGUGGAGCGCAUGAACGGUGGCCACAACUACGGCGGCGCAUCGUCCACCCGCGACAACAAGCCGCCAUCCAAGCACGUGUCCGUGUCCGUGGUUCACAUCAGGGACGACGUCCCGACGCCACCGAAGCCCGACCCCAAGUUCGGGCUGGUGUCGCACAGCCUGUUCGUGCACGACGACGGGUGCAGCCACUGCCUGUCCGUCCAGGAGCUGUUGGAGACCUACAACGUGCGAUAGGCCUGCUGCACGUACGCCCGCCACCCCGCCCUCCGCCCUACACACCCAACCCCAUCCACGCCAAUCGCGCCGCCCAAUGUAAUAAUUUAUUUUGUUAUUGUUGUUGCUGAUAGAAAAUGUCAUCACGCGAUGCGACGUGUUAGACGCGUGACGUACAUGCGCUGUAGCCUACGAUUUUCCGCCCAUUUCUCGUCGAUUUUCAGUACAGUUCGCACGCCUAGAGUAUACAAGUGCAAUAUAUCAUAGGUAUAUUGUUGUCAUGUCAUAUGUACCAUAUAGUCUAAAAGCCGUGUCCAGACCUGUAUAAAGCUGAUGACGUAU